CUUAUUAUUAUGCUUCCUAAACGAUAAUAUUCUUUUCAAGAUCAAUAUUCAUAGUAAAAAGCAUCUCCUCUUUAAUUAAAAAGGGUUCAUUCCCUUACUAGCCCACUUUAGGAUGAGGUAAAAAAUAUUAUUAUAAAAUUGGAAAGAGUGUAUAUCAGUUGAUUUUUACUCAUCAAGUAAUUAAGAACAUAGAAAUAGUUUCCUUGUCUAAGGAAAAGGACAACUUCUCUCUUCAUAAAAAACAUAUAGUUCACUAUGUUAUAAAAAUCACCACAGACUACUUUGACUACUAAAUUCAACGAAGGUACAAGUAAUUUCUUUAACUAUAUGAAUAAGUAUCAAAUUUAUAUUUUUAGUUAAAACCAAAUUUCGAAUUUUAUGAGUUUCCAUAGAAAAAAUUGUUUAAAUCUAAUAAAAGUGAGGUUGUUCAAGAGAGAAGAAAAUCACUACAAAGUAAAUAAAUAGCUAAAAUAUAAGAAUUCUUAUAAACUAUCUUAUCUAGUCUAGAAUAAUAGAGACCAAUAGAAUUUUUAAAGUUUAUUGAAAUCUAAGAACAAUUUCUAAGGAGAGGAUUUGAUAAUAUUAAAUUGCAUGGAUUAAGCAGCGAUUAAUUUAAUUUAGAUUCUUUACUCGAUCCUGAAUUAUAGAAACAUUAGCCAUCAAAUGAUAUUGAAAAGUCAGUCAUCUGUUAUUUACAUAAACUCAAUAGUCAUAAGGAGGAUAGAGUAAAAAUUAUAAAGUAUGCUAUUAAAAUUCUAUUAUACUAGUUAACUUGAAAAUUUUUUAUUUGGAAAACUAUAAUAUUUAUCAUUCAAUAUUAUCUAAUACUUAUUUAUAGGAGAUAAGGAUAAAGAAAUCAUGGGUUUAACCUAAAUGAUAUAAAAUGAUUCCGAUUCUCAUAUCUAAUGUAAUUGUGUACUUUCUUUUUUAAGUAAACUGUUAGAAUUCGAAUAUAAUCCAUGUAAUUUAAUCUAUUUCUAAUUGAAGUUGCUGAAGUCUCUUUAAAAGCUUUUUGCGAAUUAAAUAUGAAAUAAAUAAAGCAAAUGAAAUUGUAAAAUCACAUCAAAGAUAACUAAUAAAAUAAAUGUUAUAAAAAUGCGUUAAUAUUACUACAUAGAUAUUUAGAAGGCAAUCCUUUAUUAGAUUAAAGAAUAGUUAAAUUUUUAAUUGAAGAUGAAGAAGUAUUAAGAAUUUAUUAAAAUUUCAAAUCCUAAAGAUAAAAAUUAGAUAGUACAAAAACUUUGGAUUCUUCAGAUGAAAAUAUUACUCCAGCAACUACAUAGGAAACAAUAAGAAAGUUUUCAUCAAAAGAUAUGAUUCUAUUGGAAGAUGAUAAUACUCCAGAAUUUUUGAUUAAGAUUUUGAAUCUAAACUAUGAGUGGAAAUUAGUGAAAUGUAAUGUAAAUGUCUAUUUGAAUUAGAGUAUAGAAAUUGCAGUUUACUUCAUUUGUAAGGUUAGAUGAUAAAGAAUUCUUAUAUUCUAAAAUGCAAUUAAAUUCAAAAAAUAUAUAAAUUAUUUACUGAACAAAAAUAAUGGAGAAAUUCAUUUAAGAAAUUUGAAAUAAUAAAUAAAAUAGAUGAUAAUAAUUUUAUUAUAUUAGAAUCAUCAAUAUGGAGUAUUAAAUCUUCAUACCAAACUUUUGUUUUUCUAAGUAAGUUUUCUGUAAAGGAAUUAAAUGAAAAUAAAGUAUGUUUCACUGUAGAGUUUUUAAAAGAGAAUUUGAAAGAUUACAUGAUGUAUAUAAAGAAAAAUGAACUUUUAUGUAAAUAUAUAAUUAACGAUAAAAUUAGGUAGAAAGGUUUCCUAUGUAGAAAUAUUAAAAAUUGAUUAAGAAAGAAUAGAAGUCAUAACAGUGACUAAUUUAAUAGAUUAAGAAUAAAAAAAUCAUGUAUUACCCUCAUUGUUAAAUGAAGAUAACUCAUUCGAAGUUUAAAUUGAUAAACUGUACUAAUUGUUAUGA